ACAUGACUUAUCAAGCUCCUAUAAAUUCAUGCUCACCUUACUUCCUUUUACGCAAGUUGGUUUGAGGUAAUUAACAAAGUAACUAUGGCUUUUACAUCAGUAAAGGCCAUGGUGCUCAUGAUACAAGUUUUAGCAUUAGCAGUUGGCUCUUUCUCAGAGCUCAGCUUUGGUGAAGUCAUUGAAAAUUGGUCACUAGACAAUCAUCAGGACAAUGAAAUCAUCUCAACCAACUGGUUCUUCUUCCCUAGGCCCCGGCCUGGGAUCCCUAAGCCAAACCCAAAGCCACCUGUAAAUAAGCCAAAGCCAUCACCAUCGCCACCAGCUAAGCGACCACCACCACCUUCUCCGCCACCUAAGUCACCACCACCACCAGCUCAAUCACCUUCACCACCGCCUUCUCCGUCACCCAAGUCAUCACCACCAUCAGCUCAAUCACCUUCACCACCACCCAAGUCGUCACCACCACCACCAGCCCAAUCACCUUCACCAUCACCUUCUCCGUCACCCAAGUCAUCACCACCACCAGCUCAAUCACCUUCACCACCACCAGCCCAAUCACCUUCACCAUCACCAGCUCAAUCACCUGCACCACCACCUUCGCCGCCGCCGCCAGCUCAAUCACCUACACCACCACUUUCGCCGCCGCCAACUAAGUCACCACCGCCCCUAUCUCAAUCGCCUCCACCGCCACUAACCAAUUCACCACCAGCUCAAUCACCAAGACAAACACCUCCACCGUCACCUCUUACUCAACCGCCAGCAGACCAACGUGCACCACCACCUUCUCAACCACCAAACCUACUACCACCAUCAUCACCACCAGCUACUCAACUACCAAGGAGACCACCAUUAUCACCACCAGCUACUCCACCAAACCUACUACCACCAUCAUCACCACCAGCUACUCAACUGCCAAGAAGACCACCAUUAUCACCACCAGAUACUCCACCAAACCUAUUACCACCAUUAUCACCACCAGCUACUCAACUACCAAGGAGACUACCAUCACCACCAACUAAUCAACCACCUAUUAAGUCAUCACCACCGCCACCAAAUGAUUAUGACGAACCACCAAUUAUUGAGCCUCCGAUCCUUGAGCCACCAAUCAAUGAACCACGUCCACCAAUUAAUCAACCACCUAUUAUAAAACCAUUUCCACCAACUGUAUGUCCACCAGUAUAUAAGCUGCCACCGCCGGUAAUUCAUCCCGCCGGAAAGCCUCUAAUCGUCGUCGGCCGUGUUAAUUGCAAAUCUUGCAGUAGCAGAGGACUUCCAGAUCUCUUCAGAGCCUUUCCACUCGAGGGAGCUACAGUGAAGCUAGAGUGUCACAAUAAUGGGAACAAUGCAAAUGUUCAAACAGCAUUGACAGAUAGGAAUGGUGAUUUUGCUAUUACACCCAAAUCUUUAACCAGUUCAGAUGUCCACAAAUGCAAGGUAUACUUAAUCAAAUCACCAAAAUGCAUUUGCAAUGUGCCAACAAAUUUCAACAAUGGAAAAUCUGGUGAUGUAUUGAAACCUAUGCCGCCACCAAAACCACCAGGUAAUCCUGGCCCAGGACCAAUGCAACCACCCAAGUUUGAUUUCUUUGGUGUAGGGCCAUUUAUAUUCGAAGCCCAGAGAAAAUUCCCAUGCAGAAAGUAAUUGAGUUCAAUAAUAUUGUAGUACUAGCUAGGAAAACUGAGGAAAAUAAAAAUACGAAAGGAUUUGAGUUCCUGACGGAAAAAUCUUUUUUAUUUUUCGAGCAAAAUCAACUAUGGAUAUUCAGUGGCAAAAUCUAGAAAUGAAGGUUAUAAAAAAUUGUAACCAUUUUAUAUUGACUUCUAAUGGACGAAUGAUAACGAAGUUAUAAAAA